AUGGGCAGAAGUGGCGUUGUUGGUGUAAACUCAUCUGGUGGAGAAAAUAUUGGAACUAGAGGUGGUGCUGGUGUCAACUCACGAUCUGGGGGUGUGUCUCCUUCAGGUGGUGGAAGGAAAAAGUCUGGUGGUGGUGAGAAAUCUGGAAUGGUUGGGGUGCCUGUGUUUAUACCUGGAGGAGAUAGCCAUGGAAAAAUUGGUGAGGGACUAACAUCAGAUGAAGGUGGUGAAGGGACUAGUGGGGGUGGUGCGAAUACAAAAGGUAUAGUUGGAGGUAGGACUGAUGGUGGUGGUGGUGAAAGCACUAAUGGUGGAGGUUGUGACGGAAAUGGUGGCGAUGGUGAUGGAGGUGGUGGUAAUGGUGGAGGAGAUGGGGGUGGUGAUGAAGGUGGUGGAGAAGAGACUACUGGUGGUGGAGAUGAUGGAGGUGGGGAAGCGAUUAAAGGUGGUGAGGACGGUGAUGGAAGUAAGGGUGGUGGUGAUGGGAGUAAUGGAGGAGGGGAUGGUAAUAAAGGAGGUUGCAGAAUUGGUGGUGCUGGAGACGGUAUAGGCGGCGGCAAUGGUGGUGAUCUGCUACGAGGGGAGGGCCUUGGUGUAGGCGCAAAAGGGUUGUCCGGAGAGGGAGAAGUUGAGAAAGGCCAUUGA